GUCCAUAGGAUGUCAGGACGCUUCGGACAAACUUAAAAUCACAAUAACUUUUGAACCAAUAAUGCUAGCAUAAUAAAUUUGGUGUUAUUGGAAAGCAUUUUUUCACCCUUUUUCAUUCUAUUGCACAUUUGUUGGUAUAGGAUCAAUUUAAAUAUUUUGGUGCAACUACCUAAAUUAGAUCUAUAGUCUUACAAUCUGACAAAAUAUAUUCGUAACAUAGUCUUGACGGAAGUUGACAAUUUAAUCAACAUGGCGGGAGCUGAGGGUGAUAGAAACCGUUCACUAAAAGAGAUCAUUUAUGAUAGUCUCAAUGCUAUAUUAUCUUCGGAUCUUUUGACACGUUCAAGUGGCGAGGAACAAAUCAAAGCAUUAGAAGUAACAGAAGAAUUUGGUGUUUACUUAGCCGAAAUUACAGUAGAUCCACAAGGACCAUUAGCCAUUCGCCAGUUAGCCUCUGUUCUGCUCAAACAAUAUGUGGCAUGUCAUUGGUCCCAACAAUCAGACAAAUUUAUUGCUCCAGAAGCUACAAAUGCUGCCAAAGCACACAUUCGACAACUGCUUCCCCAGGGUUUGUCAGAGUCAAUAAGUAAAGUGAGAUCUAGUAUAGCAUAUGCUAUAUCUGCAAUAGCACACUGGGACUGGCCAGAGGUUUGGCCAGAACUGUUUCCAUUGCUUAUGCAAGCACUUACAAGUGGACAACCCAAUGCUGUUCAUGGCUCAAUGCGAGUAUUAUCAGAGUUUUGCCAGGAUGUUACAGAUUCACAAAUGGGACAUGUGGCCCCAAUUAUACUACCAGAGCUGUACAAAGUUUUUAUUGGAGCUGAGACAUUUGGUGUUCGAACUAGAUCAAGAUCUGUACAUAUAUUUAAUGUUGUUGCUGGGAUGGUGUCUACCAUGCAAGAAUAUCACAAGGGUAUAGCUAAGCAACUAUUGAUGCCAGUACUUCCUCAAUUUACAAAGGCAUUUAUUCAUUGCUUAACCCUACCUACAUCUGCAACCUGUGAUAAUGGUCUGAAACUUGAAGUCAUAAAGGCCUUAACAACAUUAAUCAAAAGUUUCCCCAAGACAAUGUCUCAGUGGCUCCCUGACAUUUUACCUUGUAUAUGGACUAUGUUCACACAGAGUGCUGACAUUUUUGUCAGAACAGUGGUCAAUAACUUGGAAGAUGCUGAUGAUCCAGCUGAUUCUGAUGGUGAAUUUUUAGGGUUUGAGAAUCUAGUCUAUACUGUGUUUGAAUUUGUGCACAACCUGAUUGAGUCUAGCAAGUUUAGGUCAACAAUCAAGAAGUCAGUGGAUCAAAUUAUAUACUACAUUAUUAUUUACAUGCAAAUAACAGAAGAUCAGAUCAGACUGUGGAGCAAUAAUCCAGAUCAAUUUGUGGAAGAUGAAGAUGAUGACAGUUUUUCUUACUCUGUUCGAAUAUCUGCUCAAGAUUUGUUAAUGUCUUUAGCUGUUGAAUUUGCCAAUUUGUGUCCAGAGGCCCUGUGUCAGGCUGUUACUAAACAUCUACAAGAGUCUGAGAAUGCAAGGAAUUCAGGGAAUCAAUAUUGGUGGAAAAUCCAUGAAUCCUGUAUGCUGGCUCUGGGGUCAGUGAAAGAAAUGAUUGUCAAAGCUAUCAAGUCUGGCACAGUGCAAUUUCACCUGACUGGAUUCUUACAAACAGUGGUACUAGGGGACAUGAAUCUCUCUGUUUCACCGUUUUUAAUAGGACGGUGUUUGUGGACAGCUAGUAAAUUUACAGAAGCCAUGCCACCAGAUUUGAUUGAAAAAUUGUUACAAGCCACAGUUGGAGGACUGCACAUGACCCAACCACCCAGUAUUAGAAUAUCAGCAGUGAGAGCAGUAUUUGGCUUCUGUGAUCAUCUGAAGCUGUCUGGAAACACACAACUCUUGGUCCCUUAUUUACAAAGUAUACUAGAAGGACUUAUAAGUAUAGCCACACAAUUCUCUACUGAAGUCAUGGGACUUUGUUUAGAAACUCUAGCUGUUGUAGUAUCAGUGGAUGAACAGUUCUCUGCUAGCAAUGAGAACAGAUUGGGUCCUUUAUCCUUGGCUGUGUUUCUGAAGUAUGCAGGGGAUCCCUUUAUUGUCUCAUUGGUGCAAGAUAUUAUUAAGGUCCUGGCCAGCAACCCUUCUUGUACUGCUGCCAUACAAUCCAGAUUUGUUCCUACAUUGAACAGUAUUUUAAAUUCUGACUCUGACAAGCUUUCUCCUGGACUAGUUGCUGUCUCUGUGGAAAUGGUGACUUGUUUUGUUCGGAGUGUCUCACUACCUUUGUCUGACACAAUGAUGUCUUGUUUCAUGCCAGUUAUUCAUACUCUUAUGACAACAGAUGACAGCACAACACUUCAGAAUGGUGGAGAAUGUUUAAGAGCAUACACUUCUUUAGCCUUAGACCAAGUCAUUGAACUGAAAGAUGAAUAUGAUAACAAUGGGAUGCACUAUACAAUACAAGUGAUAUUUAAACUUCUUGAUCCCAAAACUUCAGAACAUACUGCCACAUUUGUAGGUAGACUAGUUUCUAUAGUUAUCGGCAGAUGUGGGACACAGCUAGGAGAUAAUCUGGAUCUAAUGCUUCGUGCUGUUUUGAGUAAAAUUCAACAAGCAGAGACUUUAACUGUUUUACAGAGUCUUCUUAUGGUAUUUGCCAACUUGAUGUUGACACAGAUGGAAGCAGUCUUAGACUUCCUGACCAGUGUACCUGGUCCAACUGGGAAGCCUGCUUUGGAGUUUGUCCUGACUGAAUGGUGUUCACGUCAGCAUCUUUUCUUUGGCAGUUAUGAAAGGAAAAUUAGUACUUUAGCAUUAUGCAAACUACUGCAACAUGCCAUAGCUAACAAUGAUCUUCGUCUUCAAGAUAUUAUGGUGCAGGGAGAACCAAUUCAGCAACCAGGACAUGGUAUUCAAACUAGGUCAAAGUCAAAAAAUACUCCUGAGCAAUGGACAACAAUCCCUGUUCUAGUCAAAAUCUACAAGCUCUUGAUCAAUGAAUUAUCAAAUGCAAUAGAGGAAAAUAUUAAUCAUGGUGAUUUGGACGAUGACGAGGAUCAGGAUGAUGACAAUGAAGCAGAAGAAAUUGAUGAUGAUUUUGCUGUGGCUGGUGAAUCUCUUUCUGACUUCCUAGACAAUCUUCCUUAUGAAGGGCUCUCAACUGCUGAUGAUGACAAUGAUGAAGAUCCAGAUGCUAAAAAUGAUCCUAACUAUCAAAUAAAUACUGAGACAUAUCUAACAGAGUUUCUUCAGUCCUUAUCUACCCAGCCCUGUUACUCCAUGUUCUGUCAACACCAUAACCAAUCUGAAAGACAAGUUCUUCAGACCAUAAACAUCAACACUUGAUAAACAGAUUGCUACAUGAACUGACCUUCUUUCACCCCACCUCCAUUGACUUGUAUCAUUUAUUUUUAAACAUGCAGACUUUUUAUUGACCUGUGACUUUUGAAAGAAAAGAGAAAUACAACCUAAUCCCAAGCUCUUUCUUGAUUUGACUGCUUUAUGUUGUUUUAAAACUGCAUACUAUUUUUAAUAAAUGCAUUUACCAAAUGUUA